AUGUCUGUUCCAGAGUAUCAGGACAAAGAACCCUUGAAGGUCUCGGAGAGCUUGAGCCUCGAGCGUCUCGCUGGGAAAUCGGUGUUGAUUACUGGAGGUGCGGGUGGACUUGGGAAGGCAUAUGCCACAGCAUUCAUUCAAGCUGGUUCCUAUGUCACUAUUGCCGAUGUGAAUGAGAAGCUUGGGGCAGAGACUGUGGCCGAGAUGGGAGAAAAUUCUCAAUUCAUCAAAUGCGAUGUUACCAACUGGGAUGAUCAGGUCCGUGCCUUUGAAGCCGCGUCCAAGAAUUCACCAUAUAAAAGCUGUGAUAUUGUCAUCGCAAAUGCGGGAAUUCCCAAUCUGAAGACCAUGGAGAUCAACUUGAUGGGAUUGCUCUACACUGUUAAGCUGGCUCUUCACUACUUUCGACGUCAACCGGUCGACAGCGACAGGGACCGAUGUCUCAUACUCAAGUCUAGCUUGGCAGGAUAUGUCGACCUUCCGGGCUCAAUCCAGUAUAAUUCAUCCAAGUUUGGUGUGCGAGGAGUCAUGAGGAGUCUUCGCCGUACCUCGUGGAAGGAGAAUAUCCGGGUUAAUCUGGUUGCUCCAUGGUGA